CCUCACUCUCCUUCCCCUUCCCCUUCCCCUUCCCUGUCUUCUUCUUCCCAAAAAAAAAACCCGACGAGGAAAUAAAAGAGAAGGGAGGCACGGAAAUCUCCAUUCCCAAACACGGAUUAGGGCUUGACCACCCACGCCCGGCGCCCCCCGCAGCGCGCCCCCGGCGGCGAUCCGGCGCCGCGCGGGCCCGGCCGACCUAGAUCUGCCUUGGACGCAUGAGGGAGCUCCGAAUCGGCCAGAUCUAGAAGCGCUUCCGGACCCGCUCCUCCCCCCAGGGGACCCCCGGGCCUGCCACCAUGCAGCCCAGCGGGGGGCCCUCCGGCAGCUCCCGGGGCUCGCCAGCGUCGUCGCCGCACCCGGACCAGCAGCAGCCGCCGACCCCGGCGUCCGCGCAGCAGCAGGCGCAGCAGCUAGGGUUUAGAGGCCAGGGAAUGAUGCAUCACCAUGAACAGCAGCAAGCCUUCCAAUCUGGUGCGCCGCAUGCCAUGAUGGGACCAGGGGGUGUGAGCUUCCCUCAGUCGUCUGGUCCAGUGUCACCGUUCCAGGGUCAGAGGAACCUGCCAAUGUCAGGUGGACCGCAGGGCAUGGUCGGUGGUCAGGUGCACAAUCAGGUUGCAAUGCAGCAACAGUUCCUGAAGCUUGCGAUGCAGCAGCAGCAGCAGAAGGCGGCCCAGGGGAUGCUCCUCCAGCAGCAGCAGGCCAAGAUGAAUAUGGUGGGUUCAUCCUCAAGAGACCAGGACAUGCUUAACAACCCUGCCAAAAUGCAGGAGCUUAUGGCCCUUCAUCAGGCCCAGGCCCAGGCUCAGAUGUUUAAGCGGCAGUGUGAGCAGAAAGAGCAGGGGCAAUCAAGCAGUAGUGAGCAAAGAAGUGGCGAUAUGAGGCCUCCUAUGCCUCCUCAAGGAGUCCCUGGACAGCAGUUGCCAUCAAUGGGUAUGAUCAGGCCCAUGCAGCCAGUGCAAGGCCAGGUGGGCAUGGGCAGCGCCGGUGGCGGCCCGAUAACACCUGCGCAGUUUCAAGCCAUCCAAGCCUGGGCAAAAGAGCACAACUUUGACCUGUCCAAUCCUGCAAACAUGAGUGCAAUUUCUCAACUCCUGCCAAUCUGGCAGGCCAACAGGAUGGCAGCUAUGCAGAAGCAGAAUGAGGCAAACAUGGCUGCACAGCAGCAAGCAAUGCCCUCUCAGGUGAACAGUGACACCCCAGGGCACGGUAACGCUCCAAGCCAGGGUGCCCUACUGAAGCCCCGGCAACCCCUUCCCCCCAGCUCAGUUUCUGGUGGAGAAGAGGCUAAGGUAGUGAAUCCGAGCAACUUGCAGUUGCAACAGCAGUUGUCUGUGCACAACAGGGAUGGUUCAAAUGAAAGGGCUGUGAGGUCACCUAUGACAGGGGGCAAUAGUGCCCAAACGAUGCAUAUCCCCCAAAGUUCUGGACAUGUGAGUAAGGUUCCUGAGCAAUCCAAUCCAAAAAAUGUUCUUUCAAAUUCAGAAGCAAUGCAGAUGCAGCAUGUCAGACAGAUGCAACAGCUUAACCAGCCUGCUGCCCCCACAUCUACCCCUGGUGAAGCAGGAGGAUCACAGGUCUCAACUCCAAGUGCUCGGCCACAAACAGGGCAAACGGGUUUCACCAAAAAUCAACUUCAUGUACUCAAGGCUCAGAUAUUAGCUUUCCGGCGUUUAAAGCGUGGUGAUCGACUCCCGCCUGAAGUUCUUGAAUUAAUUGUAUCUGGCCGCCCUCCUGAUUCACAAGGAGGACCGCAACAAGUUUCAGGACCUCAGGCAACACAUAAUCGUGAAAAGCCUGGUGUAAGCAAUGCUGAUGAACAUGGAAGGCAGAUGGAGAGUGGUGACAAAGCUCCCGAAAAACCUGCAUUGUUGAAGGGACCCUGUUUACCAAAGGUGGAGGUUUCUGCUUCAGAAGACAAAGCUAGUCCUGCCAGUGGUCCUGGUCCCAUGCAAGUGAUGAAAGCUUCACCGAAAGAACCUCUUAAAAUUGGACCAGUUUCUGUACCAGAGCAUAGUAACACUACUGUGAUUAAAUCUGAGCAGGAGCUUGAACGGAGUAUCCAGAGAACACCUGGGAGAAGUGAUUACAAUGCUGAGAGGGGUAAAUCUGUACCAGCAGAAAGUGGUUCAGCGGAUGCUGAGCAGGCAAAAAGGACUGGCUCCACAAGCAGUGCCCCAGCUCCAAGAGAUGUUCCCAGAAAAUACCAUGGCCCAUUAUUCGAUUUCCCGUCCUUCACUAGGAGACACGAUUCGAUGGGACCUGCAAAUUACAACAGCAAUCUGUCACUAGGUUAUGAUGUGAAAGAUUUGUUAGCUCAGGAGGGGAUGAUAGUUCUUGGUAAGAAACGUGAGGAUAACUUAAAAAAGAUAAGCGGUUUGCUUGCAAUUAAUCUAGAGAGGAAAAGAAUCCGACCUGAUCUUGUCUUGAGGCUACAGAUUGAAGAAAAGAAACUCAAACUCCUAGAGCAUCAGGCUCGUCUAAGGGACGAAGUUGAGCAUGAACAACAAGAAAUUAUGGCAAUGCCAGAUAGGAUAUACAGAAAAUUUGUCAGGCAAUGCGAACGCCAACGUGUUGAGCUUGCAAGGCAAGUUCAGCAGAUGCAGAGAGCUUCAAGAGAGAAGCAGCUGAAAUCCAUUUUCCAGUGGCGCAAGAAGCUUUUGGAGGCACAUUGGGCCAUUCGUGAUGCUCGAAUAACUCGUAAUCGAGGGGUGGCCAAGUACCAUGAAAGGAUGUUGAGAGAAUUCUCAAAGAAGAAAGAUGAUGAUCGGAACAAAAGAAUGGAGGCAUUGAAAAACAAUGAUGUGGAAAGAUACCGUCAAAUAUUGUUGGAACAGCAGACUAGUGUUCCGGGUGAUGCAGCUCAAAGAUACAAUGUCCUAUCUUCUUUCUUGACCCAGACUGAAGAGUACCUUUAUAAACUAGGAGGAAAAAUAACUGCUGCCAAGAGUCAGCAACAAGUAGAAGAGGCAGCAAAUGCUGCAGCUGCAGCUGCACGGGCACAGGGCCUGUCUGAGGAAGAAGUGAAGGCUGCUGCACAAUGUGCUGGUCAGGAGGUUAUGAUAAGGAACACAUUCUCUGAGAUGAAUGCGCCAAGGGAUAAUACAUCUGUUAACAAGUACUAUACUUUAGCCCAUGCUGUAAGUGAGAGAGUUACGAAGCAGCCAUCACUGUUGCGAGCAGGAACUUUAAGGGACUACCAACUGGUGGGCCUACAGUGGAUGCUUUCUUUGUACAAUAAUAAGUUGAAUGGCAUUUUGGCUGAUGAGAUGGGUCUUGGCAAGACUGUACAGGUCAUGGCAUUGAUUGCGUACCUGAUGGAAUUUAAAGGGAAUUAUGGCCCUCAUCUCAUAAUAGUGCCAAAUGCUGUCUUGGUCAAUUGGAAGAGCGAGCUGCUAAAUUGGUUACCAUCUGCAUCUUGCAUCUUUUAUGUUGGUGCAAAGGACCAAAGGCAGAAGUUGUUCUCUCAAGAGGUUAUGGCCAUGAAAUUUAAUGUUCUUGUAACAACAUAUGAAUUUGUUAUGUUUGACCGUUCCAAGCUUUCAAGGGUUGAUUGGAAGUAUAUUAUAAUUGACGAGGCGCAGCGGAUGAAGGACAGAGACUCCGUUCUGGCGCGUGAUCUUGAUCGCUAUCGCUGCCAGCGGCGCCUCCUUCUCACCGGUACUCCUCUACAGAAUGAUCUCAAGGAGCUUUGGUCCCUCUUGAAUUUGUUGCUUCCAGAAGUAUUUGACAGUAGCAAGGCAUUUUCAGACUGGUUCUCUAAGCCUUUUCAGAGGGAUGGUCCUACACAUAGUGAAGAAGAGGAUGAUUGGCUUGAGACAGAGAAGAAAGUAAUAAUAAUUCACAGGCUGCAUCAGAUUUUGGAACCUUUUAUGCUACGUAGGCGUGUGGAAGAUGUUGAAGGAUCACUUCCACGGAAGGAUUCCAUUGUUUUGAGAUGCAGAAUGUCUGCUGUUCAAGGAGCUAUAUAUGAUUGGAUCAAGUCUACUGGUACCAUUAGAGUUGAUCCUGAAGAUGAGAAAAGGCGUGCACAACGGAAUCCCAUGUACCAGGUCAAGACUUACAAGAAUCUCAACAACAAGUGCAUGGAGCUAAGGAAAGUUUGUAAUCAUCCUCUGCUGACAUAUCCAUUCUUAAAUCAUGGGAAAGAUUUUAUGAUUAGAUCUUGCGGGAAGUUGUGGAAUCUUGAUAGAAUUUUAAUUAAGCUUCACAAGGCAGGUCAUCGUGUACUCCUUUUUAGCACAAUGACAAAGCUUCUUGACAUCAUGGAGGACUAUUUGCAGUGGAGACGACUUGUUUAUAGGCGAAUUGAUGGAACAACAAGCUUGGAAGAUCGAGAGUCAGCAAUUGUUGACUUCAACAGGCCUGGUUCUGAUUGUUUUAUAUUCUUGCUUAGUAUUCGUGCUGCUGGUAGGGGUCUGAAUCUUCAGAGUGCAGACACUGUUGUAAUAUAUGACCCUGAUCCAAAUCCACAAAAUGAGGAGCAAGCAGUUGCUAGGGCCCAUCGUAUAGGGCAGACUAGGGAGGUAAAGGUUAUUUACAUGGAAGCUGUUGUUGAUAACAUAUCAAGUUAUCAGAAAGAGGAUGAAUUGAGAAAUGGAGGGAGUGCAGAUUUGGAGGAUGAUCUUGCUGGAAAAGACAGAUACAUGGGAUCAAUUGAAAGUCUCAUCCGCAACAAUAUCCAACAAUACAAAAUUGAUAUGGCAGAUGAGGUCAUUAAUGCUGGUCGUUUUGAUCAAAGAACAACCCAUGAGGAAAGGCGGAUGACUCUGGAGACACUCCUGCAUGAUGAAGAGAGAUAUCAAGACUCUGUUCAUGAUGUUCCUUCAUUACAGGAAGUAAACCGUAUGAUUGCUAGGACUGAAAGUGAAGUCGAGCUUUUUGAUCAGAUGGACGAAGACUUCGAUUGGACAGGUGAUAUGACGAAACAUCAUCAGAUUCCAAAGUGGCUUCGUGUUAACUCCACUGAAGUAGAUGCUGUGGUGGCGAGUCUGUCCAAAAAGCCGUCAAGAAAUAUGUCAUCUGGGGGCAUUGCUUUAGACACUAAUGAAACACCUGAGAAAAGAAGGGGGCGGCCAAAGGGUACUGGCAAGUACUCCAUCUACAGGGAAAUCGAUGAUGAAGAUCUUGAAGAAUCUGAUGAAGAUUCUGAGGAGAGGAAUACUGCAUCCCUACCUGAAGAAGGGGAGGUAGGGGAAUUCGAAGAUGAAGACAAUGAUGAUUCGAUACCUGAUAACAAGGAUGAAUCAGAGGAAGAGCCUGUGAAUGAUGAUGUAUAUGAAUUUACUGAAGGACUAAGAAGCAGAAAAGCUAAUAGGAUGGAAGAAGCUGGUUCAACAGGCUCUUCUUCUGGAAGCAGGAGAUUACCACCACCUGUACCUUCGUCAUCUUCUAAAAAAUUGCGGUCUCUAUCUGCAUUAGAUGCCCGCCCUGUCUCUUCGUCAAAGAGAACUCCGGAUGACCUAGAGGAAGGUGAGAUUGCAAUGUCUGGGGACUCACAUAUGGACCUCCAGCAGUCUGGGAGCUGGAAUCAUGAGCGUGAUGACGGUGAGGAUGAACAGGUACUGCAACCAAAGAUAAAACGCAAGCGAAGUAUUCGUCUUCGUCCAAAACCUAAUGCAGAAAAGCAGGAAGAUAGAUCUGGAGAAGGGGUCUUCCCUCAGCAUGGUAUUCAUCUUGCAUUUCAAGGAGAUGGUCAUUAUGAUUCACAAUUUAAGUCUAACCUAGAUGUCCGUGCUUUUACUUGUCCAGCUGCCAGGCAGCAAGACACAGUUCAUCCUAUAGUGAAACAGAAGCGCAACAUGCCAUCUAGGAAGGUUUCACCAGCUUCUAGGUCGGGGAAAUUGACUUACAUGUCUGGGUCUGGUGAGGGAUCUGCUGAACGCUCCAAGGAAAAUUGGAACAGUAAGGCCAUUGAUUCCACCCCCCCUGAGUUCCGUGGCACAAAGAUGUCUGACAGUAUGCAAAGAAAGUGCAAAAAUGUGAUAAGCAAGCUUUGGAGGAGGAUUGACAAAGAAGGUCAUCAAAUCAUACCUAAUAUAUCUUCUUGGUGGCGGAGGAAUGAAAAUUCCUCAUUCAGAGGUCCGGCUGGUAGCACCCUGGACCUACAAAAAAUCGAACAGCGAGUUGAUGGAUUCGAGUAUGGCGCUGUAACUGAAUUCAUAGCGGACAUGCAACAGAUGUUGAAAAGUGUGGUUCAGCACUUCAGCUAUAGGCAUGAGGUCCGGAUAGAGGCUGAGACCCUCCAUAACUUAUUUUUCAACAUAAUGAAGAUUGCCUUCCCAGAUUCAGACUUCAGCGAAGCUAAGAAUGCAAUGUCAUUUUCGAAUCCUGGAGGAGCUGCAAGUGGUGCUGCUGCCCAAUCGUCAAAGCACACCGCAUCAGUCCAUAAGCGCAGAGCCAGUGCCAGUGAAGCAGAGCAGCAUGGCUCGGGACAUAGCAGGCAUAAUCAAUCCAGCGAGGUUCCCAGCCGGCCCCACAGUUCCAGAUCAGAGAGAGACCCCAGACAUUCUGGAUCCAGCAGCAGGGAUCAGCUCCAGGAUGGUGCUGGGUUGUUGCACCCUAGCGAUAUGUUCAUCGUUAAGAAGAAAAGACAAGAUCGGGCAAGGAGCAGCAUUGGGUCCCCCUCCAGUUCAGGCCGAGCUGGACCUCUCUCACCAGCCAACCCUGGGCGGCCAGGCCCAGUCCCCUCACCCAGAGGUGCCAGGACGCCCUUCCAAAGGGAUCCACACCCAUCUCAGCAGUCGAUGCAUUCCGCUGGAUGGGGCGCGCAUUCAGAUCAAGGAGGAAGUUCUUCAGCACCCGGCAUUGGAGACAUCCAGUGGGCAAAGCCUGCCAAGAGACUGAGGACCGACAGCGGCAAGAGGCGGCCGAGCCUAAUGUGAGGAUUCUUUGCAUCGCGGUGUGCAUUCUCUGGCAAUCUUGAUUUGCCUGGCCUAUGAAAUGUGGGCUGCACUGGUGGGGGCUUGUUCGUGUAAUUUUGGCACACAGCUGAGUUCGUUCUUGCAUAUAUGAGCACCUACAUGCUGGGGCUUUUGUUGUUGUGGACAUGAAGAAAUGUGGAAGGGUAGUGUUAUUGUUCCUGUAUGUUAUUAGCUUCAUAAAUGUGUAAAGGGAACUCUUAUGGUUGUAGGUGGUGCAAACAACUAGAAAAUGCAUCCACGCAGCAAUGAAGGCAUUGGCGCAGCCGGCCUUGAUAAUAAUUAGUUUUUUUUGUUCCCACA